CGAAACUCGUGCUCGAUGCUCCAACACAACACGGGAUAUCGUUUCUCGUUUCCAUUGAAAACGAGCAACUGCGUCAUAGUCAAUGCUCUCUUACGGAAUCAUGUCGAAAGACUGGCGAGGAUGGUGGGCAGCGUGCCGAGCGGAUGGAUGAGGAAGAUCCUUCUCUUCCUGGUCCUGAUGACCGGGGUCCUCCUGAUCGCCAUGUACGCGCACGCUCCGCCGCUUGCUUCCCUUCAGCCGUUCUCGUCACGACGACUGAAGGAGUUGCAACGAGGCUUGGUUACUUUCCUGGUCGGUAAUGAAAGCACCAAGAGACCCGAGGAACGGCUCUACGAGUAUCUGGAAGAGCCUAGAACGUUUCAGAGUCCGUGGUCGUGGGCUUGCGUCGCCGGGAGAUGCGAGAGGAGAGCGGUCAGAUCGUCGAGGACUUCUUUGGCCAGCUGUAUCGCUCUCUGCGGAGGGAACACCAGGCUCCUCUGGCCAAGGCCGACCGGAAACGUGUUCCUCGGCGAAGACAGCGUGAUCAUACAUCUGCAGCAAAUCGAAUUCGUCACGGUGAACACCAGCGAUCAGGAAACGAAGAACCUGCUGGAGCACGCCAAGGACGUUUUCAUCGGUAACGUGAGGAGCCUGGUAAAGGUAGCAAACGCGAAGAGCAGAUCCGGCGUGGAAGUGUUCGUGAUCUAUCUGUCGGCCGGGAAUGGGAGACCGACCGGUCCGAGUUUAGAAACAGACGAGUCGUACACGCUCGAGCUGAUGCCGAAAGGAAGAGUCCUCGAGGCGCGAAUCACCGGGAGGAGUUACUUCGGCGCCAGACACGGUUUGGAAACGCUCGGUCAAAUGAUCUGGUGGGACGAGACCGCCGGGAGGGAAGGUGCCUUGCGAGUGUUAUCUCGCGCCUCUGUCGAGGACAAGCCGACGUUCCCCUACAGGGGUCUGCUGGUCGAUACCGGGAGACAAUUCUUCCCGGUUGAACGGCUGAAACGCGUGAUCGACGGAAUGGCCGCGUCCAAGUUGAACACCUUCCACUGGCAUUUAUCCGACUCGCAGAGCUUCCCGUUCGACUCGGCCCAAUUCCCGGAAAUGGCCAGAUGGGGCGCCUACAGCGGCGAUCAGAUCUACACGCCCGACGACGUGAAGGACCUCGCGGAUUACGCGAGGAUCCGCGGCAUCAGGAUACUCGUCGAGAUCGACUCUCCGGCGCACGCUGGCGCUGGCUGGCAAUGGGGGACGGAGUACGGUUACGGGGAGCUGGCACUCUGCGUUGAUCAGCAGCCAUGGUCGUCGUAUUGCGGCGAGCCGAAUUGCGGCCAGUUGAAUCCCAUCAACGAGCACACCUAUCGAAUACUGGAGGGGCUGUACAGGGAGCUGCUGGACCUGACCGAAAUCCGCGACGUCGUGCACCUUGGCGGUGACGAGGUGAAUCUCGAUUGCUGGGCACAGUACGGAAACAUCACAGCCGCGAUGCAAGCGCAGAACAUGACCGAUCACCACGCGAUGUGGGCCGAAUUCGAGACGAAGAUGUUGCAGAGGCUGGUCAAGGCCAACCACGACGAAACGCCGAAGGCUGUGAUCCUUUGGAGCUCACCGUUGACCAAGAGGCCUUACAUCACCAUGUACUUCGACCCGAAGGUCCACGUGAUCCAAUCGUGGGGUGGUAGCAACUGGCCGGAGACGCCGGAUCUUCUCGAGGACGGUUUCAGAGUGAUUCUUUCUCACGUGGACACGUGGUAUCUGGACUGCGGGUUUGGCAAGUGGAGGGAAAUUGGGGAAGCCGCCUGCGGCGAGUAUCGUACCUGGCAGACUGUCUACAAUCAUCGACCUUGGAGGGAUUACCCUCAGCAACACUUGAGCCUGAUAUUGGGCGGAGAAGCGGCUAUUUGGAGCGAGCAGAUUGGCGAUGCUUCCUUGGGACCUCGACUAUGGCCUAGGGCAUCUGCCCUCGCCGAAAGGUUAUGGAGCGACAUGCCAACCAACGGUUACUCGACGGACGAGAGCGUGUACACGAGGCUGGCCGCACACAUGGAGCUUCUAACGAACCGUGGAUUGAAAACAGAAGCCAUGUGGCCGCAAUGGUGCUCCCAGAAUCCCGGCAAAUGCCUCUGACCGUUCGCUAGCCCGAAUACAAUCGCCUUCGGCUGGAACUGCACGCGUGGACACGACGAUUACGCGAGAGGAAGACGUUACGCAAAGUGGAUCUAUCCGCCAUUUUCGCUGGGGCACUUAGAGCUUACGAAUUAUCAUCGUAACAUCCCAGUCGAAGCAAGCUCGUCGAUCGUUUUAACCGCGACGAGACCGAGUUCCUCGAGAUUACCGGUGGCUGUUCGAUAACGAUUCUCGCUAGUUCACGCGAACGGUGGAAACGAGCAAGAGGAAGGACGGUCGAUCCUUCUACGAAGAUAUUGUACGUAGAAUACGUGGAUGUGAGAAAGACGUGUGUCAGGGGAGACCUGAGGCGGAGUACUCGAAAGAAAAGAUCGUCAAAAGCGGAGCCAGAAUCAAUUUUUCCUAGAAGCGGAUGGAAAAAGCGGAUCUGUUUGGAAAGUUUAUUUACAAAGGAGAAAGGAAACUUUUCGAGCGUUUUAUUGGAUCUUUUCGUUUUCUCGUUAUCUUUGCCAAGAGAUUGAAGGCACAACGACGUAACAUGUUCUUGGGUUUCAUUUUUCUCCCUGUGGUACUACUAAGAAGAACGUUUGAUAAUUGCAAGUAGAGAAGAUGUCUGGUACGACAGACUGUAGGAAGGGAUGAAAUGAACCAGGUCAAUUCAAGGAUAGAGAGACGCGACUUUUAAAAAAAAAGAAAAAGAAAACGGUUUGCGCGAUGCCUUGUCGCAGCUCGAUGCCAUACUUUUCGUUCGAAGUGCCUUUCCGAAUGUAAUUCUACUCGUUGUUGCGCGAUUUCACGUG